GAAGUUUGUAUUGUUUCUUCUACGGUUGGUACUGUUAAAUCAAAGAAAUACAAAAAAUGAUUCUUUGUUGAAUAACGUCAAGCGUGGCUAAUCAAAGUAGGAAAAGAAAAAUGAGCAGUUCUGAGGAGGUUUCGUGGAUUUCCUGGUUCUGCGGCCUUCGAGGAAAUGAAUUUUUUUGUGAGGUUGAUGAAGAUUAUAUUCAAGACAAAUUUAACUUGACUGGUUUAAAUGAACAAGUUCCACAUUAUCGACAGGCUUUAGAUAUGAUUUUAGAUUUGGAACCAGAUGAUGAACUUGAGGACAAUCCAAAUCAAUCUGACCUGAUUGAACAAGCUGCAGAAAUGUUAUAUGGUUUGAUUCAUGCACGUUACAUCUUGACAAACCGUGGGAUUGCAUUAAUGAUAGAAAAGUAUCAGGCUGGAGACUUUGGACACUGUCCACGAGUAUACUGCGAAGCAGAAAAUAUGCUACCUAUUGGUUUGUCGGAUGUUCCUGGAGAGGCUAUGGUGAAGUCAUAUUGUCCAAAGUGUAUGGACGUGUACACACCCAAGUCUUCAAAACAUCACCACUCAGAUGGAGCUUACUUCGGCACAGGAUUUCCUCAUAUGCUGUUUAUGGUUCAUCCAGAAUACAGGCCUAAACGUCCUGCCAACCAGUUUGUUCCAAGGUUAUAUGGGUUUAAAAUCCACCCCUUGGCAUAUCAAAUUCAACAGCAAGCAGCUGCCAACUUCAAAGCUCCACUGCGAGCCAUGAGCUACGGAAAUAAUGCUAAGCGUUGACCCUAAUAUACUUUUUGUAAGUGCAAACAAACAAGAACAGUAGAUUCAUUUUUUACUGUUGAAGGAUGUCUAGAUGAAGCAUAUAAGAUAGGAAUAACUACUAUCUCUAUUGUACGGAAACAAAUUUUCAUGUAUUAUAUUUUAAAUGUUAAGAAACUAAAGUAAGAAGCUAUAAAUAAGAAGAAAAAAUUUAUCCGAUCAUGAUCUUCUGUUUAAUUCUGUAUAUUUUUUCAAUUUCUUUUAUAGAUUUCCCUGCUGAAUACUUUGAAAGCAGUUUCACAUUGUUACUAGCUAAGAACUAUACAUAUAAUAUUGUACAAAUACAUGUAUUUAGUAUUGCAAAUUAAAUACUUUUGUUCUCUUUAAA